CAGAGAGCAGAAGAGAGUAGAGGCUGGGCCUCUGGGCAGUGGACACACCCUUGGGUCAGUCACACUGGGACCAGCUUGGUCAGCUGGUCCCAUCAUUGCAGUGACCAGAGUCGUGUCGGGCUCCCAGCAGCCAAGGGCAUCUCUCUCAGAGACAGAGGGUUCCGUGAAGACCUCAAGGAUGCGUGAAAUCGUACAUAUUCAGAUUGGCCAGUGUGGGAACCAGAUCGGAGCCAAGUUCUGGGAGGUGAUUGGCGAGGAGCACGGGAUCGACUCGGCCGGGGGCUACCGCGGGGACUGCGCGUUGCAGCUGGAAAGGAUCAGCGUGUACUACAACGAGGCCCACGGUAAGAAAUAUGUGCCCCGGGCGCUGCUGGUGGACCUGGAGCCCGGGACGAUGGAUAGCAUCCGAUCCGGCAAAUUGGGAGCUCUCUUUCAUCCGGACAGCUUCAUCUACGGGAACUCCGGGGCUGGCAACAACUGGGCCAAGGGCCACUACACAGAGGGCGCCGAGCUGGCCGAGAGCGUGCUGGACGCCGUGCGCAGCGCCAGCGAGGCGUGCGACUGCCUGCAGGGCUUCCAGCUGGUGCACUCGCUGGGCGGCGGCACGGGCGCGGGCAUGGGCACGCUGCUGCUGAGCAGGAUCCGCGAGGACUUCCCCGACCGCAUCCUGAACGCCUUCAGCGUCCUGCCCUCGCCCAAGGUGUCCGACACGGUGGUGGAGCCCUACAACGCCGUGCUGUCCCUGCAGCACUUGGCGCAGCACGCCGACGCCUGCUUCUGCAUCGACAACGAGGCGCUCUACGACAUCUGCUUCCGCACGCUCAAGCUGGCCGCGCCCAGCUACGGCGACCUCAACCACCUGGUGUCGCUGACCAUGAGCGGCAUCACCACGUCCCUGCGCUUCCCGGGCCAGCUCAACGCCGACCUGCGCAAGCUGGCCGUGAACAUGGUGCCCUUCCCGCGCCUGCACUUCUUCAUGCCCGGCUUCGCGCCGCUCCCCAGCCGCGACGGCCGCCAGUACCGCGCGCUCACGGUGGCCGAGCUCACGCAGCAGGUGUUCGACGCGCGCAACGCCAUGGCCGCCUGCGACCGCCGCGGCCGCUAUCUGACCGUGGCCUGCAUCUUCCGGGGCCGCAUGUCCACCAAGGAGGUGGACGAGCAGAUGCUCGGCGUGCAGAGCCGGCACAGCGGCUGCUUCGUGGAGUGGAUCCCCAACAACGUCAAGGUGGCCGUGUGCGACAUCCCGCCGCCGGGGCUGAGCAUGGCCGCCACCUUCAUCGGCAACAGCACGGCGGUGCAGGAGCUGUUCGGCCGCGUGGCGGAGCACUUCUCGGCCAUGUUCCGGAGGAGGGCGUUCGUGCACUGGUACACCAGCGAGGGCAUGGACGUGGGCGAGUUUGCCGAGGCCGAGAGCAACAUCCACGACCUGGUGUCCGAGUACCAGCAACUGCAGGACGCCAGGGCGGUUCAGGAGGAGGAGGGAGAGGGCGUGGGGGAGGCGGAAAUGGAGCCGGAAGACGGGCCGCUCGAACCCCGCGGAGCCGUGUGAGGUCGGCUGCAGCCCGCACCCUGCAGCCGUCCCGCCGGCUUCCCACCCGGCGCACCGCAGCCACCGGGGUCCGCACGCACGCACACACGCACGCGCGAAUGCGGGGUCCUUCCGCUGGCACUGGCUAACUCCAGACUUCGAUAUUCACUGCACUCUAUUAACUGGUUUUUAACAGCAAAGUGAAUUUGUCUUGAAGCACACCUCCUUUGCUUGAAAAUGUUGAUCGGGUAGUUACUGCAUGCACAGCGCUGGGCCGGGCAUCAGGACCACGCGUGCGCAGUGUGCACAGCCACCGCGGCCGACUCCCCUCCCCACCCUUUCGUGGCAGCGACGAGCGUCCUGGAGCCUAGCUUGGCACCCUUGCUAAGAGUUAUGCCCCAGGCUGUGUCGUGUGCGCUGCCCAGCAUCCUACCUCCUGGUGCUCGCUGGCCUCCCGAAAAGCCAGGUGACUAACUGGUACGUGGGGAGCUGUGCAGCCGAGGCAAGUGUGAGUCAGCAUCCACUAGUAUUGAAUCGUGUGGACCUUGUGUGCACGUCAGCGUACUAACUGGAAAGGGAAAAAGGGAGAAAAAAAAAGUGGCAGUGCUUUUCACCAAAAUACCUGGCCAACCGCCCCCCCAACGACAGGCAAAAGUCACCAACCCCAAUCCUCUGAUCUUCGUUUUAACAUAGAUGUUUAGAUUCUUACGGGUGUUGCAUUCUGGGAAUUCAUUAAUCACCAUCUUCGGUCUUCCUUGUAAAGGCUGUUUCAAAAUGCCCUUUUCACUUUCAUUCAGUAAACACCUUCUGAAAGCCUCGGUAGCCUCUGCUCUUUCAGAAAGGGCACCCGGUGCGGUGCGCUGGGCAACCAUUCAAAUGCAGGAAUUCGGCCACCGCAGUGUCCUUCCUCCUCCAGGAGGACAUUGUCUCAUUAGGGAACUUUUACAGUUCAAAUUAAUUUGCAGAAGUUGCCGUAAAUGUUUGCAUGAUGACACAGCUUUGGCCAUUACCUGAGUUUAAUCUGCUCACAUUACAACAGGACCAAAUACACAGGAGUGUCAUCAAAUCAUCCAUAACUUUUUAAUUACAGUUUACCUAUUCUGACAUACCACAGGGUAAAUCCCUUCCAGGGCCAUAAGGGUCUUAACGGCCUUCUAGAAUUACCACUGAGCUCUCCUAUUUGAUCCAUGGGUAGCCGCAGUGGGAAGAGCCUCUGACACUCCCUGCAGGAAAUAUUUACUUGCAGGCAACUAGGUUCUCUCCGACUCCUGUUUGUAAUCUGCAGUCAGGUAGCAGGUGGGGGGGUGCCACUGGCGGCUCAGUCUGAGAAAUGUCCCUCCUUCACGUAUGCAUCGUGAGCAGUAACGAAAUAUGUAGGGAAAGAAAAUGAGGUCCUGCUGUCGCCAUCGUGACAAGCCUUCUAUUUACAACACUGAAAAAACUUUUUAACACUUUCUACUUGUGGCUCAAGCACUAAAAACAAAAGCAGAUUUAUUAAGAAAACGUACCUAUAUACUCUCAGUUUGAGGUUCCUAACUUCUCAAGAGGCUAAAAAGACGUACGACCUUUGAUGUUACAAGAAUUUAUACACGCUUCCACUAGCACUUUCCUUCUCAAAUCUAAAAAGGCAAAAUCAAAUAGAUACAAGGAACGAUACAGAUCUAAAUUAGAAAAAAAAAACCCUGCUGAUUUCUAUUACUGUCAAGAUUUUUGUUUGCUCAAUAGUAAUCAUUAAAGUACAAGGAAAUUCAAUUUUAAAUGGCUAAAUGGCUUUAUUUCAGACUAAAUAAAUUCCUUUUCUU